GACCCGUACCCACGGAUGCCCCCUUUCCUCAUUCCUCCUCCGUCGCUGGAGCCCUCUCAAAACCCUCAAAAUCUCCAGAGAGGGCAAAAAAAAAAAAUAUUCAUCAAUGUCGAUCUCAUCAGCGAAGCACGGGAUCCGAGCCCUAUCCUCCUUAACCUCCAUCGCCAGAACGCUCUCCACCGGGGCGGCCCACCGGAUGCGGCGGCGCGGCGGCGAAGAGGAAGGAGACGACGGCUCUCUACCGGCGGUUAUCGGGCCUGCGAUCGGAUCGAGCGGGUCGGUGGACGCGACGAUUGGAGAGCUGGAUGAACGAGGGGAAAGUCGGUGACGAGCUCCGCCGUGAUGGGGUUCGUGAGAGAGCUUCGAAAGUACAGGGAUUUCAAGCACGCUCUCGAGCUCUUAGAUUGGAUGGAAAAAAAUGGUAUGACCAUUUCUACUACCAACCAUGCAGUCCGUCUUGAUCUUAUAUCAAAAGUCAAGGGAAUCGAAGCAGCCGAAGAUUACUUCUUCAACCUUCCAAAAUCCACAAAGAAUCAGAAAACCUUUUCAGCCCUCUUAUCUAGUUAUUGCCAGGAAAAAAUGGCAGACAAAGCUCUUGCUCUCUAUGAGGAGAUGAAAGAAUUGAAUUUCGCUACAAGCACUUUGGUCAGUACUAAUCUCAUGACUCUCUACAUGAAGCUAGGCCAGCCCGAAAAGGUAAUUUCCCAUUUUCAAGAAAUGAAACAAGAUGGUUUGUUUCUAGAUAGGGUUGCAUAUGGCCUUCUAAUAAAUAGCUACGCUUCAUUGAAUGAUGUAGACUCUGUUGAAAGAGUUGUACAGGAAAUGAAAGAAGGAGGUAAAGUUUCUCCAGAUUGGACCAUAUAUUGUAGUCUGGCUACCUUUUAUAACUCACUAGCAUUGUUCGAUAAAUCAAAUUCUGUUCUUCAAAAAGCCGAGGAAACUAUGAACCGUCAUAAUCGAGCCCCUUACGAAUAUAUCAUAUCUUUAUAUGCAAGUGCUGGUAAUUUAUCAGAGGUCAAGAGGAUGUGGAAAUUACUGAAGGAUGGCUUUACUAAGGCUAACAACAUGAGCUAUUUGUGUGUGCUCCAUGCUCUUAAAAAGCUCGGUGAUGUAGAUGGUCUAAAGAAUUGCUUUCAAGAGUGGGAAUCAACUUACGUUUCUUUUGAUGUGAGAUUGGUGAAUGUAGUCGUAGAUGCUUAUCUAAAAAAUGACAUGGUUGAAGAUGCGGAGUUACUGUGGAAGAAGUCUGUUAAGGCCCUAGAGAAGGGCGAUGGAAAUGACCUGAAAAUGUUGGAGAUGUUCCUUGAUUAUUACUUGAAGAGACAUGAGAUGGAUUUUGCUUUGAAGUACUUGAAUAUUAUGAAAUCAAAGGGGUUGAAGCCUGGUGAAGAGAAAUUAAAUGAGCUUUUGAAGUACAUUGUGGAAGUGAAGGAUGUGGAUGGGGCAGAAGCAUUCUCAAUGAUUUUGGAGGAAUUCAAUUGUUCUUGAUGUAGAAGCCUAUGAAAGUGUCGGUUAAUUAGAAAAACUCAGUUUUUGUAAGUUAUAACGAGUUUUCAGCUUUUAUUUUCUAGAUUUCAUAUAUUUAGGGGUUAAUUGCUCGUAGACCCCUGUAGUAUUACUGUUUUGCACUUGCUACCCAUGGACUAUUGUUGUUGAUAGACACCUAUGUUAAAUUUUUUGACUUGUUUACCAUUUGUAAAGUUUCAGCAGGUAUGGCUUCAGGCUGAAAUCUGGAUGAAAUUAGUGAGUGAGGGUAAAAGAGUCCAAAAUAUUUAACCUAGGGGCCUAUCUGCAAUGAUGAAGCUGUAAGGGUAGUAAAUUGAAAACGACAAUACUACAAUGGCCUACGUGCAAUUGACCCUCUAUUUAGAUUGACGGGGUUAUAUUUUGAUGUUGUAACUUAGAAUGACUGAUGUGUAUCAUUUUCUGAGAGCUGCUGCUUUUCCCUGUAAUGAUAUUAUGGUGUAGUGUCUCAUUGA